UCAAGUAAUGAAAGUUAUUGAAAGAGUGAUGGAUAAGUUACUUAGAGAAAGAAUUGAUAUAGAUAAGAUGCAAUUUGGUUUUGUUCCAGGGCGUGGCACUACAGAUGCAAUAUUUUUACUCAGACAGCUUCAGGAAAAGUAUUUAGGAAAGAGAAAGAAUCUCUAUUUUGCCUUUGUAGAUUUAGAGAAAGCUUUUGAUAGAGUGCCACGUAAAGUUAUUUGGUGGGCUAUGAGAAAAUUAGGUGUGGAUGAGUGGCUAGUUACGAUGGUACAGUCUAUGUACAGCAAUGCUAGAAGUCGUGUCAGGAUUAACGAUUCACUUAGUGAUGAAUUUAGUGUAAAUGUUGGUGUACAUCAGGGUUCUGUACUUAGUCCUUUGUUGUUUAUUCUAGUCUUAGAAGCGCUGUCGAUGGAGUUCAGAACAGGUUGUCCAUGGGAGUUAUUGUAUGCAGAUGAUUUGGUUCUCAUAGCAGAGUCGAUGGAAGAAUUAGUUGAAAAGUUUGAGAAGUGGAGGAAAGGACUGGAAGAGAAAGGGCUGAAGGUAAACACAGCAAAGUCUAAAGUCAUGAUAAGUAGCAUUGCAGCCAAGUGUGACCUUGUAGUUGGAAAGUGGCCUUGUGGAGUUUGCAGGAAAGGGGUUGGUAGUAACUCAAUUUUUUGUCAGACUUGCAAGCAUUGGGUACAUAAGAAGUGCAGUAGUAUUAGUGGAAGGUUAAGAGCUGACAUACAGUUUGUAUGCAAGCGUUGCAAAGGUGAGAUUAUAGAGAAUGAAGUAUUUCCAGCUUUAAUGAUGUACAACAGUGGCUCGUUAGAGAUAGUUAAGAACUUCUGUUACUUAGGUGAUAUGUUGGGCAGUGAAGGGGGUGUUGGAAGGAGUGUUACUUGCAGGAUAGGUUCUGCUUGGAAAAAGUUUAGAGAGUUACUUCCUUUAUUGACUAGUAGAGUCCUGUCAAUUGAGGUAAAAGGUAGGUUGUAUGAGGCCUGUGUAAGAAGUGUUAUGUUGUACGGUAGUGAGACAUGGGCAGUGAAGCAGGAAGAUCUUGACCGUUUAGAAAGGAAUGAUAUGAGAAUGGUUAGGUGGAUGUGUAAUGCCAGUCUGAGAGACAAAAAGAGUUCAGAUGAGCUAAGAAGCAGGCUAAGUAUCCGUAGAAUUAAAGAUGUUAUCCAGGUAAGAAGAUUGAAUUGGCUGGGGUACUUGGAAAGAAUGGAGGAGGAUAAUUGGGUAAGAAAGUGUAGAGACUUGAUAGUUCCUGGGGCAAAGCCCAGAGGCAGACCGAGAAAGACUUGGCAUGAGGUUAUAAGGACAGACUUGAUAGAGAGGAAGUUGAGUUUAGAUCUAACACAGUCUAGAUCAGAUUGGAAGAGGGUCAUUAAUAUACCCCGUCCAACCCAUGCUAGCAUGGAAAACGGACGUUAAGCUGAGAAUGAUGAUGAUGAUGAUGAUAACCAUUCAUGCGAGUUUUGCGUCCGCGGUAGAUUACAUUCAGACUGUACUGUAGGCUUUACAUUGGGAAAACAAAAAUAAUUUUUUUCAAUCAGAAGUUGAAUAUUUG